UGUGCGUGCCUGCCAGCUCGCACUCUCCGUCCUGGGAGGCCGCUCUCGGGGUCCCUGGCGGGGGGUGGGGGGCGCCUCUUUCCGUCCUUCCCCCCAUUCUCAGGUUGGGGAGAUCUGGCGGAAUCUCACAUCGCGGUGGGUUUAGUGUCUCCUCUUGGCGCUUCUCACCAAUCCCGUCCAUCCUGCGUGGUCUUCUGUGAGCUGCUUUUCUUUCCUUCGUAAAGUCUGCCUCUCGGCCCGUUUCACUGCCCGUGCCGGGCUGGCGGCGCCGCACAACCUUUGUCACCGGGCCUGGGGGAGAGGGUUCAACCUACCCUCUCCUGCAAAUUGUCUGUUUUCCUGGACUUGUUGAGGUGUCCUGGUACCCUCCCCCCCACCCCCCACCACGUGCCUGGGCAGUCGGGAGCUACAGCACGUUUGGCCAUGGGCUCCGUUUUGAUUUGGUUUGUGAUUUGGUUGCUGAAAAACGGAUUAUUGGGAGAGAAGAUACAUCUUAUUUUAUUUUUAAGUCUGUUUUUGAGCGAGUGAGAGUAAGUGCACACACUGGGGGGAGGGGAGUGAGCAAGUGACUGGCAGAGACAGGGAGGGACAGAGAAUCCAAAGCAGGCUCCAUGCUGCCAGUACAAAGCCCACAGGGAGCUCCAACCCACAAUCUGAGAGCACGACCUGAGCCCAAAUGGGAUGCUUAACCGACUGAGCCACCCAGGCGCCCUGAGGGAAGAUACAUUUUAAGAAUUGAUGUUAUUGUUACGAUUUGGAACUGUUUUAGUUAGAACAUCAGAGCUAGAGGUGAAAACUUUGACACUGAUUAAUUUCUGCUGUAGAAAGCUGAGCUUUUAAAAACUACUUGUAAAAGAUUGGAGACAGAUGUGCCAGAAGAUGGUGGGAGGGCCUGGGCUGAGGUGGCAGGCAGCGCCUCUUGGUUGUGCUUUGCCACCGGAGUGCCACCAGCCGUCCAGCCCCAUGUGCCCAACACAGGGAGCUGCUACCACUGACUCACCUUUCCAGAGACUGCUCAGCGCCCCGGGCCUCGCGGGUCCUCUGGAAAGACCCGUGCCUGUACAUCCCACGCUUUGCCCACCUGCUGGAGUUUGGGGAGAAGAACCACGAGGUGUCCAUGACGGCCCUGAGGCUCCUGCAGAGGAUGAAGAGGGACUGGAUGCACACUGGCCGGCGCCCCUCGGGCCUCUGUGGAGCAGCACUUCUGGUUGCGGCCAGGAUGCACGAUUUCCGGAGAACCGUCAAAGAGGUCAUCAGCGUGGUCAAGGUGUGCGAGUCCACGUUGCGGAAGAGGCUGACGGAGUUCGAAGACACGCCCACCAGCCAGCUGACCGUGGACGAGUUCAUGAAGAUCGAUCUGGAGGAGGAGUGUGACCCCCCUUCGUACACAGCUGGGCAGCGGAAGCUGCGCCUGAAGCAGCUUGAACAAGUUCUGUCCAAAAAACUGGAGGAAGUUGAAGGUGAGAUAUGCACCUACCAGGACGCGAUUGAGAACGAGCUGGAGAGCAGCCGGCCCAAGGCAAAGGGGGCCCUCGCCAACCUGACCAGAGACGGCUCCGUGGAGGACACCACGUCCAGUGUAUUUGGGGAAGACGAUGCCGAGGACGAGGAGUUGGAAGCCGCUGCCAGCCACCUGAACAAGGACUUUUACCAGGAGAUCCUUGGUAGCGGCUUGUCCAGCAGUUCCGAGGGGGCCGGAGACCCCGAGGGGGGCGCCAGGCCCCCUGCCCUGGAGUCCCUGCUUGGCCCCCUGCCCACCGCGGCCAGCCUGGGCAUCUCAGACUCCAUCCGAGAGUGCAUCUCCUCCCAGAGCCAGGACCCCACGGACGCGUGUGGGGACGGCGAGCUGGACCUCAGUGGCAUCGACGACCUGGAGAUCGACAGGUACAUCCUGAACGAGGCGGAAGCCCGCGUGAAGGCCGAGCUGUGGAUGCGGGAGAACGCAGAGUACCUGCGGGAGCAGAGGGAGAAAGAAGCAAGAAUAGCAAAGGAGAAGGAGCUUGGCAUCUACAAGGAGCACAAGCCCAAGAAGUCCUGCAAACGCCGGGAGCCGAUCCAGGCCAGCACGGCCGGGGAGGCCAUCGAGAAGAUGCUGGAGCAGAAGAAAAUCUCCAGCAAGAUCAACUACAGCGUGCUCCGGGACCUCAACAGCAAGGGCGGGGGCGGUCUGCAGGAGGAGGACGCACAGCCCGAGGGGCGGACCGCCACCCGGAAGCUGUCUCGGAGGAAAACGCCCGCCAGGAGGCACAGGGCCGACCCCGUGACCAGCGUGGGGAAGAGGUUGAGGCCAAUGGUGUCUGCGCAGCCGGCCAAGAAGGCGGCCGCAGGAGAGCCCUUGCCCCUGAGCCCGUCCACCCUGGGAGCCGAGCCCGCCAGGCCCACAGCGGUGCUGGUGGAGAGCGGGCCCGUGUCGUACCACCCCGAGGACGACCCCGAUGAGGACGACCCCGACGAGGACGACGGGGAGCCCUGUGUCAGCGCCCUGCAGAUGAUGGGCAGUGGCGAUUAUGGUUGUGACGGCGAGGAGGACGACGGGUACUGAGCCGUGGCCCUGCAGCCGUGGCGUCUGGCAGUGGGGGCCUCGGUGGGCCCGCCUGCCCCGCAGCCCUCACCGCAGGCGCUCAGCGCCUCCGUGGCACUGGCUGCCAGGACCACGUCGGGAGCGUCGUCGGGAGCGUUUCUGACCGGCGGGGGACUGGACCGCUGCCUGUGCGUCUGGUCCGACGUGUCUUGUCCCGUGGAAGGAAACUGAGGCGCGAGAAGGCCCGCUUUUCGGAGCGAGUGGAGGGCUCCUUGUGGAGCCGGGUGCCUCGGCCCCCACCCCUCCCCGGGGCUGAGAAGCACUGCACCAGCCCCACCCCUGCGGGGCCAGGGCCACUCUGUGCCUGUGGCUGCGUCUUCAGCCAGACCUCGGACUCUGGCCCGCUCCUGGCCCACGACAGGACAGUUGGCUCCACGACCCCUGGGUGCACAGCUGCCCUGGGCAGUGCCCGCACAGCCUCUGGUGGCUGCCCAGGGUGUUGGGCUGGCCCUGCUGCAUGGAGCCAGACCCAGGAGCUGGAACCGGGAGCCGGCGCUGGAGUCGGGAGCCGGCGCCGGAGCCGGGAGCCGGAGCCCAAGCCGGAACCGAGAGCCGGAGCCGGAGCCGGAACCGGAGCCAGCGCCGUAGGUGCUCCUUGCUUGACCUGGGACCUGGCUCAGUGGCCGCAGAGGAAUGACAGGCAGAGGGUCUUCGAGCCCGGCCACUCUGCCCUGGAUGGUUCCUGCUGCCCUUGACCACCCCUAAGGACCAGGCCUCGUCGUUGGAAGGCCCAGCGACCACUCGCAGGGUCUCCGCUUGGGCGUUGCCGCUCUGGACAUGGCCACGGAGGCGGGGCAGAUGUUCUUGCUGCUCGAGGCCCCAGACCUGGCCACCCUGCCCCCCCGACGGUGGCAGAGCGGGGCCACACUGCCUUCCCAGGGGCCAGCCCUCCGUCUCCAGGGCUGGGCCAGACCCCUCCUGAACGCAGCAGUCUGUGGGUAGGGAACUUUGAGGUCUUGACUGCACGUGUCCGGACCCUGCAGCCAGCCUGGACCCGGGGCUCCUUAAAAGCCGGAGAGGAGAGUGAGUUUAGCGAAACAGAAAGAUCCGUUGCUUAAGCAGAAA